CGUGUUGAACUUGACGGUGUCGCUGUGGAUGCAGGAGAGGGAGCCGAGGCUAUUUAAAGAGGGUCAUCCAGUCACGGAUAAAUAGCAGGAGGUCCUCGGCGUUGACUAACCGCCUCUAAAUGGUUUUCAUCCCGCACUGUGUCUCUGUCUGCGGCUUCUUACUGUCCAUUAGUCCGGACUGAGGCCGGUUCUCCCUGCGUCGACCAGACCCGCUCCAGUCUACCAGCUCUUCUUCCAAAAAAAGGGGCUAUUUUAUUUCAUCUUUUCAAUUUUUUCUCUCGGUCAUAGCCACCUGAAUAGAAAAUGGGCAAAGAUUACUAUAAAACGUUGGGCAUCUCCAAAGGAGCCACAGACGAGGAUAUUAAGAAAGCUUACAGAAAACAGGCGCUGAAAUGGCACCCGGACAAAAACAAGUCCGCAGCCGCCGAGGAGAAAUUCAAGGAAAUCGCCGAGGCAUAUGAAGUCCUCAGUGAUCCGAAGAAAAGAGAAGUUUAUGAUCAGUAUGGAGAGGAAGGUCUCAAGGGAGGAAAUGGGCCCACUGCUGAUGGACAAGGCAGCACUUUCACCUACACCUUCCACGGGGACCCUCACGCCACCUUCGCCACUUUCUUCGGGGGAUCAAACCCCUUCGAGAUCUUCUUCGGGCGUAAAGCCAACGGCAGAGACGACGAGGACAUGGAGGUGGACGGAAACGACCCCUUCGGCUCCUUCACCAGCUUCAACCUGAACGGGUUCCCUCGGGACGGCCACGUCGGCCCCGGAGGUCAGCAGCGCCGGAAGCAGGACCCGGCCAUCAUCCACGAACUGAGGGUCACCCUGGAGGAGGUCUUCCACGGCUGCACCAAGAGGAUGAAGAUCUCUCGCAAAAGGCUAAAUCCAGAUGGCAGGACCAUGCGCAACGAGGAUAAGAUUCUCACUAUCGAGAUCAAGCGGGGCUGGAAAGAAGGAACCAAGAUCACGUUCCCACGGGAGGGAGACGAGUCGCCCAAUACCAUUCCUGCUGACAUUGUUUUCGUCAUCAAGGACAAGCCACACCCUCACUUUAGGCGGGAGGGCUCGAACAUUGUGUAUCCUGUGCGCGUGAGCUUACGACAGUCGCUGUGCGGAUGCUCGGUCACAGUGUCGACGAUAGACGGGAAGACGUGCAACAUGAAGAUCACGGACGUCAUCAAGCCCGGCAUGAGAAAGACUGUUGCCGGACAGGGUCUCCCCUUACCCAAAAACCCGGAGCAGAGAGGGGAUCUGGUGGUGGAGUUUGACGUUAACUUUCCCGAGACGUUGCCCGGCAAUGCCAAGGACGUCCUGAAACGGCAUUUACCUACCUAGGAGGGAGGACUGAAGAGAAGGGGAGAUGACCGCAUGACAGCGCUCACCCUCGUUACCAAACACACUCACACAAACACACACACACACACACACAUGGGGACAGUUCUGACAGUUCACAGAUGGACCUCCUACUGACGAAUGUGCAAUUUCUAUUUUUGAGCUAUGUGGUGUUUUUUAUAAAUACCAUGCAUGCUGCCAAGUUGAUAUAAGUGCAAGUGAGAGACUGUCUGGGUUUUGGUAUCUGAAAGUACACAUACGUGGGUCUUUGCCACAAUCACUUUAUAUUUUUUGUUUGUUAUUGGAAUUAUUUGGUAGUGAAUGAGUCUACAGUUGCCAAAAAAAAACCCCAGUGAUCGUGGGACUGUAAUGCCAAACAGUAGAUUUUCUUGCUCUCAUUUAGAUUCUACAAGCUUCGACAUUUCGUCGUUCAUGUUUAUUUUAGGUAGAAGCCUCAGUUUGGAGGCUGUCUUAAAAUGUGUGUUCAGGUUCUUCGAGAGGACAAGUGGUUGAAUGAACUGGAUCGUCGUGUGUGUGUGCAUUUUAGAAGCUGACAUGUGAAGAUACUGAACUUGAAUUUUAAAAAAUAAAUAUUUCCACAAGAAGCCGA